CGAGUCUGGACGUGUCACGGCGCGCGUGCCUGACGUGCCAAUGCUAGGCUUCAGCAGCUGCUAGGUGCGCACAGAGAGGCCAGCACAGGUGCUCCGGGCCCAGCCGUCCCAGGGUCUACCGGAUCGAACCGGCCGCAGCAGCUCUGCAGCGGGUGCAGAGUAUGUAGUAACGCUCAAGGAGUCCUCCGAACGCGACCGUUGCUGGCAGCAGCUUGUUGAGCAGGGUGUUAGUGCCUGUGUGCGUGCGUGAGUGUGUGUGCGUGCUGCUACUAUUUCCGUGCCGAGUGUUCCCGAGAGCGUCCGGCGUCCGGGUUAUGGAGUAUCAGUGUGUCCGUGGUGUCGGUGGGCUGUAAGAGCUGUUGCUGUUGCUGCUCCGCCAGGAACCGCGCCAAACGGCCCAAUCAAUCAACUAGACCGGCGUCGAUCGUGUCCCCCGUGGGACGGAGUCCCAGCUCCAACAGCUAGCCAGCUGGUCGAACCUAGCGCUCCAGCGGAACUAGUCAGCCAGCCAACUAUCAACAGCGUGCGACAGCGGGAUGGGUGCGAUGCCGGAGGUGAUUGAGCUGAACGUCGGUGGCACCGGGUACGUGGUGAGCCUGAAGACGCUGCUGGCCGAGGACGGGUCCUGGUUCCAGGACGCGUUCGGGUCCGGGCCCGACUCGGCGGCCCUGCCGCCUCACGAUAGCCAGGGCCGCUACUUCAUCGACCGCGACGGUGCCUUGUUCCGGCACGUCCUGGCGUACCUGCGGGGCCCGGCCGCGUACGCGCUCCCGACCGGGGGUGUCCUCGAGCGCGAGCAGCUGCGCCAGGAGGCGGAGCACUUCCGGCUGGCCGGGUUGCUCGAGCUGCUGACCAAGUCCGGGCCGGGCUGCAUCACCGUCGGCUACCGGGGUAGCUUCCAGUUCGGGCGGGACGGGCUGGCCGACGUGAAGUUCCGCAAGAUCACGCGCCUGCUGGUGCACGGCCGGGUCGCCCUGUGCCGGGAGGUGUUCGGGGACACGCUGAACGAGUCGCGCGACCCGGACCACGGGGCGCCCGACCGCUACACGGCCCGCUUCUUCCUCAAGCACGUGUUCAUCGAGCAGGCGUUCGACAUGCUGCAGGAGCAGGGCUUCCGGAUGGUCGGGAGCUGCGGCUCCGGGACCGCGGGCUCGGUGAGCGAAAACCUGAAGCCGGGCGUCGACACCGAGGAGAACCGUUGGAACCACUACAACGAGUUCGUGUUCAUGCGCGACUAAGCUGCGGACCACAGCCACAGCUCGACGGACUCCCACUACCCACCCACAGUUCGACAACACCACCACCGCCGCUACCAAUAUCUUCCAACCUACAGCCCUCCCAGCACUGACACCUGGAACCCCCGGACACCACCUGCAUCGAUCGAUCGUCUAGGGCGUUCAGAAUACACACCACGGCUCGACCAAAUGGGGGCGACGACACCCUGAGGACACGGGGCCCGGCCGGGGCAAUAUCAUCUGUCGAACAUCGCCCCGCUGCUAGGCGGUGCACGAAGCAGCACACAACAGUGGCGGGAAGUUGAGGAAGUUUGUGUGCUGCCAAACUAAAAUAGAACCAAAAGUAGAAAACAUAGAAAGCAGAACAACCAAAACAAAAUGAAAAACCCGGACACUUGGCAGAGGCAGAGGUUCCAAACGGUCGAUCGAGUUGAAUUUGAACGGUCGAACUUUUGCAGCCCCUUAAAGUUCGCCAUCCCUUGAAUUGAUCUCGAUCGGCACUGGUUUCCUCGCCCUGAUUUGAUUUGCGGGUGACCCAGGUCGGGAAGUGGGCGACACACUCACUGAACGACUGGCGAUUCUAUCCAGGGUACUAGCAUGAUUAGAUGUCUUAGAUAAGGUUGCGCCGGAAAAUUAGCACUUUGUAGGCCCUUUCUUGUCAUAGCGAACGAGACCUUCCUAGGUACGUGCAGUGCCUACUUCUGCCACCUGCUGACACCUGUAAACAAACAAUAAACGUAGGCCAAGCCCACCGACUCGAACUCCUUCGCCACUCCGGUGUCGGUUCCUGUACCUCUGUCACUUCCUGUUACUUGGACCCUUACUUACGGUCUGGACUCUGGCUAGACAGGGUUUUUUUUAAUGAACCUAUUUAGAACCUAUUUAGAACCUUUCGUGGUGGUGGUGGUGGGCUACGCAUGGGUGCUAGGUAGGCGACGUUGGUGACGUCAUCGGGACGUGCGGUCAUCUUUGAACAAACUUUUAUCAAAAACACCUGACACCCACUGAACCUGACAGUGUGGACGACCGACGAAUCGGAAAUCCUUCGUGACAUCCAGUAAACUUACAUUAGGCAUACAACACACACAACGCACACACAACCCCACACCAUCAAUACUUUACCGAUUAGUGAGAUUAAUGUACGCAACCGUUGUGGGAGAUGAACUUAAAAAGCACACACGCAUACACACAAUGUUCAAGAAAACACGAAAACCGUGGAAGGAAACGAGCUAGACAAAGGCAAACAACUACUAUAGUGUAAGUAAAAUGGCCGCGGCCCCUUGGGAGGCGUUAGUUGUAGGAAGCAUACUACCACCCACUGUACUCUACGCAGUGUGUCUCGUGGAACUUGUCGAGAUAUACAUACAUAUAUAAUAUAUGUCACCACAUAUACAGCCAAUCCACGGCGAGAGCAUACAUAUAGCGUAAAUGGGACGAUUAGAGGACACCUCAAGAGUAAAACACCGGCACACACUCAAAUAUUAUACACGGAACCAUGCGUGUGCAACACGAAUAUUAAACGAGAUGAUUAAAUACUUGUCGCCGGUACAGGGAGCGGAUCAGAAAGGGUUGGGAAACAAUUUUGGGGGGGGUAUUCAAGAACCAAAAUGAGGGCGGCAGUAGAAAAACACAAAACAACCAAAAAAGAUAACAAAUAACAAAUAAGAAAGGGACAGGAAAUAGAAAGCUUAAUGGCAACACUAAAAAAAAAAACACCCAAAGGAACACAGAGAAAAAAAAGAAAACGAGAGAAGCACCGUGAGAGCACAAGAAAUAAAUUUAAAAUAAAGUCAAACAGAGCAUAAGAUAAGACGUGAGAGAAACGAACAAGUGGGGCCGUACGUAGCGGUAGCGCAAAGCAAGAAAGAUAUAACAAACCCCCUAAAACCAGUAUAUUUGAAUGUCUGAAUAUUGUUAAGCUCCCGCAAGUAUCUUCCCGAUCCUCUCUCUCUCUCACGCAGUUUUCCUCACGAAUAGAUCAGGUGGCAUCGGUGUAUCGAGUGGCAAGUUCACGAUCACGCUCCCCAGCUAUGGUUGAACCGAAGAAACACCCACGCGGAGUUCCGAGAUCCACGUGCCAGUACGGCUCCCUGGCCUGUCGGGUGAUGGUUGUCUCUGAUGCUAGCGGGAAGGAAGGUGCCCACGCCGGUCGCACCAUCUAGGAAUAACAAACCAUCAAUGUUAUGAAAUAGACCAGACGGUAAGACGGUGCAAACAUGAAGCGUGGCCGUUUCAAGUUUAUCUUUGGUAUCGGUCCGUAUGGAUGUUGAUACAAAAAUAGUACCCCGUGUCCCCCACCCCGGUACUGGAGAAUAUUUGCACGCACCCGAUAUGCUGCUUUCCGAACCUCGAAGGCCGCCGAAGAUCCACCAGAAGACGGUUGGCAUCGGUAUCUUGAACUCUGUCGGGGUAGAACCGGAUGACGGCGGCGUUCUUGGUAUGCAUUCAUUACCGUCAACUCUCUCUCGCUCUGGACCCGUGGUGGAAACCUUUAGGGACUUUAGUUCAGUGUAGUGCAAUGGGACGUGUAAUCAACGAACUCCAGACCCGAAGUUGGUCGAGCGAGCUGCCACCACGAAUCGCUGCGAAUCACUGCGAUUCGACAGCUCAUAGCUGUACGCCAAACCGUGUUUCCGAGAAUGUUAGCCAAGAGAAUGAAACCUACUAUUCACCCAAUAUUAAAAUAAAUAAGACAAAAAAACGCAUACUUCUUAUAAUGUGGUACCUUCCCUCGAAGCGGUACAUUUAUUAGUCUCUUAGACCAAUAUGCUCAGAGAAAUAGCAAGAAACAAACAAUGCAACAUAUAGCCAAUCACACACCACCAAAAUAAAAAAAAAAAACAAACGUUAAGGAACACGUGUGGACGAAGAAUGACACAAGAAGGGCGAGGAAUCUAAUUCACAACACAAACACAAAACAACAAGAACAACAAACAGAACUUAGUAGUGAGAUGAUCUGCAAGCAGCAACGUGAGAGCGAACGGAGCAGAAUGAAUAAGUAAUACUGAAGCAAACCCAGCUAGUUAUACAGUACAAGCUUUCGGGUUCACACACAUAUAAAACCGAAGCACACUACAAGGGAGCGUAGAACGGAGCACAUUUAUGAGGCAAGAUUGAAAGGUCAGCAAACGAAACGAAAGCGAAAGCGCAGCUCGGGAGCAUCGCAACCGGUUGCGGCCGAGCAACAUCUCCGGUGCUCCGGUGUUUGUGAUGAUGAGCCAGAUUGCUGAUAUAUAUAGGUGACGAGUGCGAGGGAUUUAUUCGGAUCAGUAUUCAGCUAAUUGGAACUUUACGGGCAGCCACCACGGCAGAUUACGCAAGGUGAGUAUCAUACUGAAUCACAGACACAAGCAGAGAAGCCACAAGAUCAUUAUUCUUGAGCUGAGCGUAGAAGCUUUCUGACUGGGUUUGCGGACCGGAGAAAGCAAGAAGCGAGAGAGAACGAGAGACGGGACAAAGCAAGAGAGCAAGAGAAAAAGGACACGAUGGAAAGGGUGCGGAAAAAUAAAAUGAUUGUCAAAGAUGUAACAUUAAGGAAACAAUACUAAUAAUAUUAAUUAAUAUA